AUGCCGUCUGCGCAUGUGGAUCCUGUGUCCCACGCUGUGGAUAUCAAGACCAACAGCACGUAUGCUGCUACAGUCUUCAUGAUCCCCAGUCAGGUUCCUCACACGUACAGGUACACGGAUGAACUGCAAGACGUCGAGAUCAUCAUUACAUUUCCGAUCGAUGUCGAUUCCGAAGGCUUCAAGUACCAAAUAUCCUCCCGUAUCAUAUUAACGGGGGAGGAACAUCCUUUGUCCCAUGGAUCUCAUGUAGCGAGUGGUCGAGCCGCUUGCAGCGAAGCUCUGCGCAUCAAAAUCGCUGUUGCUGUCCUUGAUGAUCGCCUCGCAGUCUAUAUUGGUGGAACCGACAACAAUCGGAGCCAGUGUUGGUCGCUGCACGUCUUGAGUUGGCAACGACCUAGUCAAGCUGACGACUUAUGUGCGAUCAGUGACGGUAAUCAGUUGUCGGACAUCCGUUUUCUUGUCAAGGAGAAGCUUAUAGCUUUCUCGUCAGAUGGUUAUAUAUACCUCUAUGACACCGAGGACCCAUCAAAGGCGCCGCGGCUUCAUGCAAGAUUUACGCUGCCCAACUAUGGCAGCCUGUGCGGGCCUCGCGGUACCAGUCGACCACUGGAUUUGGACAACAAACCCUGCAGACCGAGUCAUAUCGGUGACAUCGGUUUUUUUUCAUUGAUUUGUAUCAUAUCUGCUCGUAUAUUUUUCAUGGACAUUCCUUCGACAUGGUUUGAUCCGACGUCACAAGAUGGGCGCUUAGUCACUUGGUCAUCCUGGGGUCCACAAAACUGUCGUCUCCUCCCUAAAGAAACGCUCUGCUCAGAAUUCUUUUUUGGAGUGGGAGGAUCUCGUGUUAUAUGGGCGAGUCCCGUCGCUGGUCGAACUGAUUCAUUGCUCCGAUUACACAUGGCCGAUUUCAAUCCCUCGGCCGUGGCGCGUGGCAUCGGCAAGGUAAUCCGCGAACCUACGAUAUCCACAACAGUCCCUCUCUGGCCGGACACGCAGGUAACGACAUACCUCCCACUUGUGGAGGUGGCCUAUGACAGAACUUUCAAUACUCCCGUUUGGGAUAUCACGCUCGACGAGGAGACUAUGGUGGUGUUCACCCAACGCAUGGUCAAGUCUGGGUGGAAAAUGCAGGCUAACGUCUUUGAAAUGUAG